UUAAAUAGCAUAAGAUAAUUCUUUUAAAAAUAGAAGAAAAAAAAUCUAAACUUUUGAACAACAUAUAGGGUGUUGUUCUGUAUGUUUUAAGUUUGUAUGAUUUUUUUUUUCAGGGCCUCUGAUGGUCAUAGUUGAAUACUGUGAGUUUGGCAACCUGUCUGCGUACCUUCAGAGCAAACGAGAGGUGUUCCUGUUGAAUAGGGUGAACACAGAAGAGGAGGGAUAUAAAGGACGAUUGGCCAGUGUGUCCAGCAGCCAGAGCAAUGCCAGUUCAGGGUUUAGUGAAGAGAAAGGAGAGAUCCCAGAGGAGGACAGUGGUUCUCUUCCCGAAUCCAACAACCCUCUGCUGCUUGAAGACCUGAUUUCUUACAGCUUUCAGUGCAUUCAUCGUGACCUUGCUGCCAGAAACAUCCUGUUGUCCAACAACAAUGUGGUGAAGAUGUGUGAUUUUGGCUUGGCCCGAGACGUAUACAAAGACCCAGACUAUGUGCGCAAGGGAGAUGCACGGUUGUCAAAUGACAUGAAAUGCAAUAUGUAA